AUGAAAUUCGAUGAUUUACUUGUGAAAUAUUUGGGUGAUUUCGGUCGUUAUCAGUUGAUACAAUUCUCUUUACUAUGUUUACCGAUAAUCUUUACGGCGAUACAUUCAUUAUCAUGGACAUUUGUUGCUUCACCUCUUCCACAUCGGUAUUUUAAUUUAAUUUUGCAAAUAGAUGAUUUAUAG